AUGCCCGCUGCCUACGAACAACUACGACCUAGGGGGGAUGCGAGGAAUAAUCGGCAGAAUAUGGCCGAAUUGAAGCUCAGGAGACUGACUGAGCUCAAUGCGCGCCUGAGAGAAGACCUGGAGAGGCCGAGGGUAAAAGUGACAGAGGCUUCGAUGUCGCUCAUCAAUUAUUGCAACAACACACGGGAUUUCAUGGUACCUUCAGUGUGGGGCCAGGUCGAGAAACGAGAAGACCCUUACGCUCCUCAGCAGUCUGGCGGCUGCUGUAUAAUAAUGUAG